AUGGACCCCCUCCGUCCUAGCGACUCGGCCGCAAACCGCGGACCGAGAUCGAACACUCGCAAGCGCGAGAGAGAAGAAGAAAUAUCGUCGCCCGCACCCUUGCCGCCUUCCAGUCCGACCGCACUUGGCUCGUCUCCUCCCCCAAUGCCCUUCGACGAAGAUGGGGAUGACGACGAAGAGGCCGAACUCAUCCCCGACAUUGACGACGUAGAUGAAUUGGCUGAAGAUGAAGAUGGAAUUGAUCUUUUCGGCGACAACUUCGAACGGGAUUAUCGUGACGGAGAGGAAGAUCAAUACGCCAAUGAGGGGUAUAUCGAUGAUGACGGGGACCAUGAAGAAAUCGACGCAGCUACUCGUCGCCAGCUAGAUGCUCGGUUGAACAAAAGAGAUCAAGAGCUUGCUCGCCGACGUCGCAUGCCAGCGGCUUUCUUGCAAGACGAUGAUGACCUUGAUAUGGAUCUAUCGCGUCAGCCCCGCCGCCGCCGACACCAUUAUGAUGAGGAGCGAGAAGACAUUGAUAUGGCUGAUGAAGGCAUGGAGGAGUUGUCCCUGGAGGAAUUGGCUGAUGUCAAGGCCGCCAACAUUACCGACUGGGUUACCCAGCCCCAGGUUCUCCGCUCCAUCUACCGCGAGUUCAAGGCUUUCCUGACAGAGUUUAUUGACCCUAGCGGCCAAUCGGUCUACGGUAACCGAAUCAAGACACUUGGUGAGAUUAACUCUGCUUCCCUGGAAGUGUCCUAUGCCCACCUGAGUGAGACCAAGGCCGCUCUGUCAUACUUCCUCGCCAACGAGCCCACCGAGGUCCUGAAGGUCUUUGAUCAGGUUGCGCUUGACGUGACCCUCUUCCAUUACCCUCAAUACCAUGAUAUUCACAACGAGAUCCACGUCCGCAUCACCGACGUGCCUAUCAUCUACACACUUCGUCAACUGCGUCAAUCGCACCUCAACUGCCUGGUCCGGGUCAGUGGUGUGGUCACUCGCCGCACCGGUGUGUUCCCCCAGCUGAAAUAUGUCAUGUUUCUUUGUCAGAAGUGUGGUAUUACUCUGGGCCCCUUCCAGCAAGAAGCUAGUGCGGAAGUCAAGAUUUCGUUCUGUCAGAACUGUCAGUCUCGCGGUCCGUUUACCGUGAACUCCGAAAAGACUGUGUACCGCAACUACCAAAAGUUGACUCUUCAAGAGUCUCCUGGGUCUGUUCCUGCCGGUCGUCUGCCUCGCCAGCGCGAGGUUGUCCUUCUGGCCGAUCUGAUCGAUACCGCGAAGCCUGGUGACGAGAUUGAGAUUACUGGUAUCUACCGCAACAGCUAUGACGCACAACUGAACAACAAGAACGGAUUCCCUGUAUUCGCAACCAUUAUCGAGGCCAACCAUGUCGUGAAGUCGCAUGACCAACUUGCUGGUUUCAAUAUGACUGAAGAGGACGAGCGUGAGAUCCGUGCCCUUUCUCGCGACCCUGAUAUUGUGGACAAGAUUGUCCGCUCCAUUGCUCCCAGUAUCUACGGCCACACUGAUGUCAAGACAGCUGUGGCGCUUUCUCUCUUUGGCGGUGUCAGCAAGCAAGCGCAAGGCAAAAUGUCCAUUCGUGGCGAUAUCAACGUCUUGCUUCUUGGUGACCCCGGUACUGCCAAAUCGCAGGUCCUCAAAUAUGUCGAGAAGACUGCUCAUCGAGCUGUCUUUGCCACUGGCCAGGGUGCCAGUGCUGUUGGUUUGACUGCCAGUGUUCGCCGAGACCCUUUGACUAGCGAAUGGACUCUGGAGGGUGGUGCCUUGGUGCUGGCUGACCGUGGCACCUGUUUGAUCGAUGAGUUUGAUAAGAUGAAUGAUCAGGAUCGGACGUCUAUUCACGAGGCCAUGGAACAGCAGACUAUCUCUAUUUCAAAGGCUGGUAUUGUGACUACCCUGCAAGCCCGCUGCUCUGUUGUCGCCGCUGCCAAUCCCAACGGUGGUCGCUACAACAGCACCAGGCCUUUCGCACAGAACGUCGACUUGACUGAGCCUAUUCUGUCACGUUUCGAUAUCUUAUGUGUGGUGCGUGAUCUGGUUGAGCCCAGUGAGGACGAGCGCCUGGCCAACUUUGUCAUCGAAUCCCACCACCGUGCCAACCCGGCCCGCCCACUGCGCAAUGAUGCCGGUGAACUCGUCGACGCCGACAACAACCGCAUCGACGCCGAGGGCUAUCGUAUCGACAAGGAGGGCCGCCGUCUGCCUCUCAGCCAGGAUGAAACCGCCAAGCGAGCUGCAGAACAAAAGCGCUCCGAGGAAGAGAAAGAGGGCGAGAUUCCUCAAGAGCUGCUGCGCAAGUAUAUUCUUUAUGCCCGUGAGCGGUGCCACCCCAAGUUGUAUCAAAUCGACCAGGAUAAGAUUGCUCGCCUCUUCGCAGACAUGCGUCGCGAGUCUUUGGCAACUGGUGCCUAUCCCAUUACCGUCCGUCAUCUCGAAGCUAUCAUGCGUAUCGCGGAAGCUUUCUGCAAGAUGCGUCUGUCGGAGUACUGUUCCUCCCAGGACAUUGACCGUGCCAUCGCGGUCACUGUAGACUCAUUCGUCGGCAGCCAGAAGGUCAGCUGCAAGAAGGCCCUGUCUCGCGCCUUUGCCAAAUACACACUAGCCAGACCCAAGGCGCAAUCGAAGCGCCGCGCUGGUAUCCCUGUGUCCAAUCCCCAUACGGCCCGGGGUGCAUCCGCCGCGCACUAG